CAGACUUUGGUUUGCUCAAUUGCAUCACAUCUCAUCAUCCAACAUGACAAACACCAACACAAAUUCUGCAUCAAAGAGAUUGGCUGUUGUUACAGGAGCCAAUAAAGGGCUUGGAUUGGAGAUAUGUCGCCAGUUAGCCUCCAAUGGUGUAAGAGUGGUUUUGACAGCCAGAGAUGAGAAGAGGGGUGUUGAAGCGGUUGAGAAGCUCAAAGGGUCUGGACUCGCUGAUGUGGUUUUUCAUCAGCUGGAUGUGAAGGAUCCUGCUAGUAUUUCUUCCCUUGCUCUUUUCAUCAAAACCCAAUUUGGAAAGCUUGAUAUAUUGGUGAACAAUGCAGCUAUCUUAGGAAUCAAAUUAGAUGAUGAUGCCUACGGAGCCCUAAUGGCAGUGGAUGGUUCUGAAGAAGUUAAGGCAGCUAAAUUUAGACAAUUGGCAAGGCAAACUUAUGAGACAGGUGAAGAAUGUCUACAAGCAAACUACUAUGGCACCAAAAAAGUGACUGAAGCACUUCUUCCUCUCCUUCAGUUUUCUGAUUCGCCAAGAAUUGUGAAUGUUUCUUCCUCUGCAGGGAAGCUACAGAAUAUCUCAGUCAUCUGGGCUAAGGAAGUGCUAAAUGAUAUUGAUGGCCUAACAGUAGAGAGAGUGGAUGAGGCAGUGAACAAGUAUCUAAAGGAUUUCAAGGAGGGUUUAAUAGAAACUCAGGGCUGGCCUGCAUAUAGUAUGUCCAAAGCAGCUUUGAAUGCCUACACAAGGAUUUUAUCGAAAAAGUUCCCCAAAUUCCGGAUAAAUUGUGUCUGCCCAGGUUCUGUCAAAAGUGACUUUAACUACAACUUAGGGAAAUUUACUGUUGAAGAAGGUGCAGCAGGUCCUGUAAAGUUGGCUUUGUUGACUGAUGAUGGCCCUUCUGGGCUAUUCUUUUUUCAGAAGGAAGUGACUUCCUUUUGAUCGAAUAUUGUUCAGGAAUUGUAUUUUUCCUUUUUCUUUUCUGGUGGGGGGUUGGGGAUGAAGAUCAUCUUCUUUUGUUCAAAUGCUGUUCAAGAUCAUCUUCGUGAGAGAAAAUAAAGCUGGAAUUAACUUAUUUCCAUACAUAGUUCUUUGCUCCAAUGUAUAAAGCAUCUCUCUAAUGAUGAAAUAAAAACAGGUUAGAAUUGGUACUAAA